AAAUAAUUUCAAGCUGCUUUAUGUAAAAUAAUUAUUUUCAAGAAAUAAAAAAUAUUCAAAUUUGAAAUAUUUGAUUUACGUAGUAAAAAGUCAGACAUUUUGAAAAAAUAAAAUUCACUGAUAAAAUUUAUUUCGUCAUUUCCGUUUGACUCCAUCUUGUAGUUGGUCAUCUUGUCACAUCGUGCUUUGAGGGCUCGUGGCAUUCUGUCGGCAUUUUUUUAAUGAAUAAUUUGUAUUAAGAAAAAGUUGAUUAAUAAAUCCAAUUAACAAAUUUUUCAAUUACAAAAAUACUGUCCCAUAAUGGGACUUAAAACUGAUGAAGAACAUGUACCAUUCAAAGGUCUUGAGGUACAAACAAAUGUCACUGGUUGGGGACCAACUGAAACAUUGAGUGAUCAAUUCAAAGGAACACCAUAUCAGCCAUUUUCUAAAAACGAUAGACUUGGCAAGAUUUCUGAUUGGACUGCUGCUGCAUCCCAGGAUAGAAAAUCCAACAAUAAAUACACAUCUCAAUUUGGAUCAGCUGGUCAAUAUUCUUACUAUCAUGAUGAAGAUGAAUCAACAUUUCAUCUUGUUGAUACAACAAGAGUACAAAAACCACCAUAUCAACGUGGUCGUUUUGGACGUAAUCAACGUGGUCGUGGUGGUUUUAAUCAAUCACAACAAUUUGAUAAAACAAAACAACGUGAUCGUAAAGGACAAAUAAAACGUCGUCAACAAGGUAUGAGAAAUCAUCGUAAUCAAUCAAUGAAAUCACGUGAUGCAUCAGUUGCUGUUAAGCCUGAUUGGACAACAAUUGAAGAAAUGGAUUUUUCACGUUUAUCAAAAUUAUCAUUACCAUCAAUUAAAAAUGGUGAAGAUGUAUUAUGUGCUGGUUCAUUAGAAUAUUAUGAUAAAUUAUAUGAUCGUGUUAAUGUUAAAAAUGAAAAAUCAUUACAAAGUAUUGAUCGUAUAUUUCAUACAGUAACAACAACUGAUGAUCCAAUAAUACGUAAAUUAUCUAAAACAGUUGGUACAGUAUAUGCAACUGAUUCAAUAUUAGCAACAAUAAUGUGUUGUACACGUAGUAAUUAUUCAUGGGAUAUUGUUAUUGAAAAAAUUGGUAACAAAUUAUUUUUUGAUAAACGUGAUAAUACUGAAUUUGAUUUAUUAACUGUUAAUGAAACAAGUUUAGAACCACCACAAGAAGAUGGUGGUGGUUCAAUUAAUUCACCACGUAAUCUUGGUCUUGAAGCAACAUUUGUUAAUCAUAAUUUUUCACAACAAGUAUUAAAAUCAACUGAACCAAGACAUAAAUUUGAUGAAGUUAAUCCAUUUAUAACUGAAGAUGAAAAUACUGAUGUUGCAAGUGUUGGUUAUCGUUAUAAAAAAUGGGAUUUAGGUAAUGAUGUUGUACUUGUAUGUCGUUGUGAACAUGAUGCUGUUAUGCAAGGACCAAAUGGUGAAAUACAAUAUUUAACAAUAAAAGCAUUAAAUGAAUGGGAUUCUAAAAUUGCAAAUGGUGUUGAAUGGAGACAAAAAUUAGAUACUCAACGUGGUGCUGUACUUGCUAAUGAAUUACGUAAUAAUUCAUGUAAACUUGCUAAAUGGACUGUACAAGCAUUACUUGUUGGUUCUGAUCAAAUUAAAUUUGGUUAUGUAUCACGUGCAAGUGUACGUGAUUCAAAUAAACACGUUAUACUUGGUACACAACAAUAUAAACCAAAUGAAUUUGCAACACAAAUUAAUUUGAAUAUGGAUAAUGCAUGGGGUAUUGUUAGAUGUAUUGUUGAUAUUUGUAUGAAACAAAAAGAUGGCAAAUAUCUUAUUAUGAAAGAUCCAAAUAAGCCAAUGAUUAGGCUUUAUGAUAUUCCUGAUGAUACAUUUGACAGUGAAGAUGGAGAAGAUGAAGAUGACGAAGAAGAGCCAGUUAAUGAUGUUUUUCAAAAAUAAGCUUUUCAACCAACAAUAUUUUUUUCUGAUUUUUUGUUUUUUGUAAUUCUUUUCAAUCAAAUCAAUACUAACUAUUUCAUCAUAAUAAUAAUAACAACAACAACCACAACAACAACAAUAAAAUAAAACUCUUGUAUCACAAAAAAAAAGUUUUUGAUUUAUUUAUUUAUUUAUCAGUAAUUUUUUUAAUACACUCAUCAAAUUUAUCAUUUAUACGAAUUAUAAAUUUUUCAAAUAGACUCAUUUGAAUCAACGAACAAUUGUUUGCCAAAUUAUUUGAUAAUUUAAUUAUGUUUGUUAAAUUUUUUAAUAUUUCUUGAUGAUAAUUAGCCAUAUCAUUUGGUGGAUAUUUUUUUAAAACAGAUUUUUUCUUAUCAAUUGUCUAGAAAAUAAUAAAAAAAUUAUAAAGUUUAUUCUUUUUACAAGGUUGAAUGAUGAAUAAAUAAGAUCUUACGUUGUAGGCUUGAUUAAUGUGUCUACCAACAGCAAUAAAUUCAUUUGUAAAACAUUUUGUAAUAUUAAUUUUAAUGCUAUUAAAUUCUUUAUUAACAUCAGAAAAUGGUGACAGCUCGUUUAUAUUUAUAACAUGAUUAUUUUGUAAUUCAAUAUUUGGCAGUAUAUUUUUUAAAAUAUUAAAUCUUUCAUGUUUAAAACAAAUAUUUAAUUUAUCAUUAUCAUCAUUAUUAUUUUGUGCAAAUGUAACUUUUUGUUUUCUUGAUUUAUAAAUAAAUUUUUUCAUUGAUAUUUUAAUAUUAUUUAUUAAAUUAAUUUCAUUUUGAUUUAGAGCUUUUUGAAAUUUUUCAAAUUUCAUUGACACUUGUUGGCUUAUUAUCAUAAUUUUUCUAUCAAAAUUAUUCGCAUCUAUGUUUGUUUUUGCCUGAAAUAUGUUUAAACUAUUUUUAAUUUAUUUUUAAAUUAAUUUUCUUAUCAUUGAUGAGUGUUAUAUUAUUAUUUACCUCGAUGAAAAAAUAUGUCAUCAUCAAAAGAAGAUAUAAUAUGCUUAUUCGAUCCAUCACUGAUUAUAAUUUUCAUACAAAAUACACUAAAUAAUAUUUUAAAAAGAUUGUUUAAUGUCUCAACAUCCGUGAAUGAUGAUCAACUAAUUGUAGAAAAAAAAAAUUAAGCUCUUAUCUGUUAACAAUACAUUUUUAUUUUUUGUCUUAAUGACACAAGUGUAGAUAUUAUAAAAAAAUAAAAAAAAACUACGUGUUAAUUUAUUUAAAAUUUAAGUUUAUAUUUACAUGGCUUAACGACUGGUUUAAUGACUGAAAAAAAAAAAAA